AUGGGAGCCGCGCCAUGGCAUGUUCAGGUACCGGUUUCCUUGGGAAAAAUACUUGGAAGUUGGAAACCUCACUCGACAAUGUGCCUUCCGAUAAAUGGCUACCUGAACUCUGAGAUUCAGGUGCCACAAGAAAUUGGAGCGAAAAUCCAAGAAAUAUGCAAAAAGAUGACCUCAGAAACUAGAUUGGCUUUGAAAGAAGUAGCAUUGGGCAUGAGGACAAUGACUAGGCCGUCCUCCUCUGCUGAUUCCCAUAUUGAGAAUGCAAGAACGGAAGCAAAACACCUCAAAUCCUUGCUUAAAACAAGGUCGUGGCCAGACAGUACUGAUCUGCUGGACAUAGUUCCGGUCGCUGCUGUAGCUUCAUUGCUCAUAGACAUUGUCGCCUGCACAGAGAAAAUUGCCGAUACUGUUAAAGAACUUGCUCCUCUCGCACACUUCAAGGCUGCAGUAGUAACAGCUGGUCAGCAAAAACAAUUGAGCCGCCAACAAACUCAUGGCAGAGAAGAAACACAUCACAUUAUUACCAUGGGUGCAUCAUCUCCUGAGUAA